AUGGUUCGCUCCAUUGAAGAGGCUGACAAGCCAGCAAAAAGGGGCAAGAAAACUGAAACUCAGAAGGAGGCACCGGUUUCCAAAUCAACCAAGGGGCAAACCCCUAAGAAGCGAAAGUCUGACAAGGCUACUACAUCACAGGCUCAACCGAAGAAACAAAAAAAGCCUGUUAGGAAGCUCAUACUCCAAUCUUCCAAUGAUUCAGACUCAGAGUAUGUUCCUCCCCAACAUAGGUCUACUCCUUCUUCAGAAUCUGAGAGCGAAAGCUCAGAUGAUGAGGCUUCGGGUCGAGGUGAUACUCCCCCUCGCUCCCCUACCCCAGAAAUUCCAGUUCGCUCCCACCCUCCUCCCCCUCCACCUGUAACCAUCCAAGUAUCCAUCCCUCUGAUAUUUCCUAUUCCAACCACUCAACCAUCCAUUACAAUUCCCAUCCCUACUCCUAUAUUCACAGACACUACUACCACCACUACAACCACAGGAGCUCAUUCUACUGCUCCCACUCCACCCGUUACAACCACUCCUCCUGUAUCAACCGAACCACCUGCCUUGUUCUCCACUGUUGUUCAAGAACACAGUGCCUCACUCUCUGCUGCAAUUAAAUCUAUGGAAGCCUCCACUUCCCAAUGUCAACAAGCCUCUCUUGCUGUUGAGGCUUCUACAAAGGAGUUCAAGGAAGCGACUACAAAAGUCGAUAAACUAGUUUCUGAAGCUCACCUUUUUCUAGAUUCUUUGCAGGCGGAUGCUAAGAAGAAUGCUCAAACCGUCAACGCUUCGGUGGAUAACCUUCAACGGUCCCUUUAG